AUGGACACAAUCCGUGUAAACAUCGAUAUUGUCGAUUUAUUCGAGUUUGCGAAGGAGAGCCGUAGACACUGGAUCGAAGGAAAUGAACUCUACAAGAAUAACCAUGUUAUAAUUGUCGGUGUAACAAAAAUUGAUGGACCGCACAUCCAUAUUUUUUGUAGCUGCUUGAGAGGCUCGAAUCCAUCCGAUCCACCGAGAGAAGUAAACAUCACAACAUCCCAGUUAUUUCAGAACUGGUCGAUGCAUUGCUCGUGUCCAGCCGGAAAUUUCCGGUGUAAGCACCAGUUCGCUUGUUUACUUUUCAUCCAUAACAAAAAGGAUUUGGAUGCCCUUUCCCCUACAGAUGUACGUCAGCGGUGGGGGAAAAUCGCUAAAAAUCAAGCGGAGAAUUUAUACGAGCCCAUUCCUCUGUCCAAGUUAUGUGGACAACGUAAGAAGUCUAGCUCAGUAUCAUUGACGGACGAACUGACUGAUGAACUCCUCAACGUUUUUGUUACUGGGCUUCCUAAUUCAGCACUGGCAAAAUCUAUUCGUGGACGAAAUAUUCAUGUGCCAAGUAAUCAGAAGCCCAAGCCAAUGUCCACUAAUGAGCAACCCAACUAUACAGUGUCGCCACCGUACAGCAACAUUGCCGUAUGA